AGAAUACCCUCUUAUCCUCUCUCCACCUCCCCACUCCCCUCUCUUUCGCGACGUCGUCGUCGACCCCUCUCCGCCGUACACGCCCACUCUCCACCUAAGCGCGCCAGGGAAUUCUCUCGCCCGCUCGCCCCUUCGUCCCCGCCGCCGCCGUCGCCGUCGCCCUCCUCCGCGCGGAGGGGAUCCGCCCGGGCCCGAACUCGACCCCUCCCGCUGGACAGCCGUUGCAGUUUGGUCUCGGAGAAGAUAUCGGUGUGCUUAUCUACUGCGGCAUGGAAUGAAGGUCUUGAGUGCCGUGUCUUUUUGCCGAGCUUGACACUAGUUGCGCUUCGCCUCGGAAAGUAACAAACCAUGACUUCUGUCGCCGACGGUGUUUCAGGUGAUCAUAGAGCUGAUGAGCAGCAGAAGCAAGCUGCCGCUCAAGGGAACCAGGAAGAGGCCCCAGCUACUAGUAUAGGUAGUCAGGCAAUGGUGGCAACACCUUCCACAGAUUAUGUCACACCCUAUGGCCACCAGGAAGCUUGCCAUGCAAUGCAGGGUCAAAUUGCUUACCCAACUGUCGAUCCAUUCUAUGGAAGCCUUUAUGCGGCCUAUGGUGGACAACCUAUGAUGCACCCACCAAUGGUCGGAAUGCAUGCAGCCGCAAUACCAUUGCCUACUGAUGCAAUUGAAGAGCCUGUGUAUGUGAACGCAAAGCAAUAUAAUGCCAUAUUAAGGCGGCGCCAAUCUCGGGCUAAAGCAGAGUCAGAAAGGAAGCUUAUCAAGGGCCGCAAGCCAUAUCUCCACGAGUCGCGGCAUCAACAUGCCUUGAAAAGGGCCAGGGGAGCUGGAGGUCGGUUUCUUAACGCAAAGUCAGACGACAAUGAAGAGCAUUCCGAUUCCAGCUCCAAAGACAAGCAGAAUGGCGUUGCACCCCGCAGCAGUGGCCAAUCCUCCCAAUCUCCCAAAGGUGCAACUUCAGCCGAUAAGUCGGGAAACCAUGAAUGAGAUGGCUAGAAGUCCGCCGGACGCGACGAUCCAUGCCAACAGUUUUGUACAGUAUAUAUAUGCUAGUGAGCAAGAGAGAAUCGCGCUGGCAGGUGCCGUAGGAUAUAUCCGCUCUGCUCUAUAGUAGUGAUAGACGUAUCGACCGUUUUUUUUUUUUUGGCAGCAUUGGUCCGUGUUUGCUCGGUUUGGUUUCUACAUUCUGUACAAUGAGUAGAUUUUUUUGUGGUUUUUGUGUUCCGGGGUUUAUCCUCGGGUUCGGUCAGGAGGCUUUUGUAGUGGCUUAUGAAAGAAGUAUAAUAGUGCUACAUUGUUUC